CUCGCUCCCGCGGCGCGCCCUCCCCUCUCUCCUCCUCGCCCCCUCCCCUUCCCGGGGCCAUGUCGGCCGCGGCGGCUGCUGGGGGCGCAGCGGGCUCGGCCGGGGGUCCGGGCCCCGGCCCCGCGCAGCCCCCGCCCCCGCCGGCCCCCGCGGGGCCCCGGAUGCGGCGCAGCGCCGCCAGCUCCCCCACGGCCCCGGGCGCCGGCCGCCUGCUGCAGCCCAUCCGCGCCACGGUGCCCUUCCAGCUGCUGCGCGGGGGGCCCAGCCCUCCGGCCCCCGACCCCCCGAGGCCCCAGGGCCGUCCCCGGCGCAGGAGCGGCUCCCCGGAGCCCCGAGGUGACCGGCCCCAGUCUCAGCACGUGAGGACCUCCAGCUCCAUCAGACGAACCUCUUCUCUAGAUGCCAUCACGGGACCUUACCUCACCGGGCAGUGGCCGCGGGACCCCCAUGGACCCUUCCCCUUGUGCAUGAAAGACAAGGCUACUCAGACCCCGAGCUGUUGGGCCGAAGAGGGGUCCGAGAAGAAAUCUCAUCAGCGAUCGGCAUCGUGGGGCAGCUCAGAUCAGCUGAAGGAGCAGAUCGCCAAGCUGAAGCAGCAGCUGCAGCGCGGGAAGCAGAGCAGCGGCCGGCACGGGCACCGAGACAAGGACCGGCACUCCCCCCUGCACGGUCACCCCGCGGCCGGCAGCCAGACGCAGGCUGCUGGCUCCAAGUGUGUCUCCGGGCCCAAGUCAGCCGUCUCCCGGGUGCCCUGCAGCGUCGAAGGGAUCAGCCCGGAGCUGGAGAAGGUGUUCAUUAAGGACAGCAGCGCCAAGGAGGAAGGGGGCAAGCCCCUGGACGUUCCCGACGGCCGUCGCGCCCCACCGCCCGCCCAGUACCGCAGCAGCAGCAGCGGCACCCGCAGCGUAGACACACAGACGCCGUCGGUGCCGGAGCGCAGCAGCAGCUGUAGCAGCAGCCACUCGCCCUGCGUGUCUCAGGACGGCAGCCCGUGUUCCACCGAAGACUUGCUCUACGACCGCGACAAAGACAGCGGGAGCAGCUCGCCGCUGCCCAAGUACGCCUCCUCCCCCAAGCCCAACAACAGCUACAUGUUCAAGCGGGAGCCGCCGGAGGGCUGCGAGCGAGUCAAGGUUUUCGAGGAGAUGGCGGCCCGCCAGCCCCUCUCGGCCCCUCUCUUCUCGUGUCCCGACAAGAACAAGGUGAACUUCAUCCCCACCGGCUCCGCCUUCUGCCCCGUGAGGCUGCUGGGGCCCCUCCUGCCCGCCUCGGACCUGAUGCUCAAGAGCUCCCCGGGCGCGGGCCAGAGCCCCAUUCUGAGCGCGCUGGCCGUGGAGCAGCUCUCGGCCCGCGUGGCCUUCUCCUCCCUGGCCGACGACCCCGGCGCGGGGGACGCCGUGGCCGAGGUCCCGCCGCCGCCCGAGGAGCGCGCCUCGGCCCAGGGCUUCGUGGCCAUCUGAGGGCGCCGGGCCCGGCCCGGGGGCGGGGCCCCUCCGGACCGCGGGGGGGGGGG